AUGCAGUACCAAACGGCGUCGUGGGGCGGUUAUAUGGCGGGAGGUGGCGUGGACCCAGUGGAGAGGAUAGAGAGGAUGGCGUCGGAGAGCGCGGUGGUGAUAUUCAGCGUAAGUACGUGCUGUAUGUGCCACGCCAUGAAGAGGCUGUUGUGUGGUAUGGGAGUGAACCCUACGGUUCACGAGCUUGACCAGGAUCCCGCCGGCAAGGACCUGGAAAGGGCGCUGGUCAGGAUUCUGGGAACGCCCUCCGUCGUGCCGGUGGUAUUCAUCGGCGGCAAACUGGUCGGGACCAUGGACAGAGUGAUGGCCUCUCACAUCAACGGCACCCUCGUCCCUCUCCUCAAGCAAGCCGGGGCUCUCUGGCUUUGAGUGUUCUUAAAUUUCUAUCUUUUAUUAUUAUAAAAAUUGUUUCUUUGUAAUGGUUUGCUUGGGGCUCUCGCUUCUGUAAAGAUCAUCCCAAAAUUGGAAAUUAAUAUAAGAAGUAAUGUUU